CAGCUCGACCGAUCUCGCUCCCGCAUCACCAUGAGCUACCUCCUCUCCUACAUCUCCAAGAUGCUCUGCAUCAAGACGCCGUCGUCGGAGGAGGCGGCGGCGAAGCAGCCGGCGGCCGGCGAGGAGUGCUGCGUCUGCCUCUCGAGGAUCCGCGCCGGCGAGGCCACGCGGCGGCUCCCGUGCGAGCACGCCUUCCACCGGGACUGCGUCGACCGGUGGCUCGCGCUCUGCAAGCGGACGUGCCCGCUCUGCCGGGUGUACGUCGCCGACGGCGGCAGGCAGGCCGCGGCCAAGCACGCCGGCGAGGGCGCCCUAGCCGACGACCUCGUGAUCUGGUUCUCCACCAUGCUCGUCCCAGGAUUCUGAGACGAUCAACGAUGAUGUUCCCUUUGAUUGAUGGCCACGCAUGGCACAUGCAGCUAGGGUUGUAGGUAGCAAAACGUUUUCGCAUAUGGAUCGUCGGCGAAUGGGCUCUUUCAAGUUUUGUAUUCCAGGUUUAUCGUCCCUUUACGAAUGUGGGUGUAAAUAAGAAGCAUGAUCGAUCUUCUACUAACCUUAAUUUCGGAUACAUAUGCGUGCUAUAGAUGUGUAUUACUCACUGCAUGGAAGAUUGGCAAAAUAUUUCAAACAGUAUUUUUCUCGCUGUAAAGCUCAACGCGUUGUGUUUGGAGAUAAAGAAACAGAAACUUUUGACGUU